CCGACCGGUGCCCCGCAGCUCGCCGCGUCGCGGUGACCGCGGGACGCCCUCGUGUCUUGCAGAGCAGUUGUUCGACUACCUGGUUGUUAUUGACUUUGAGUCGACGUGUUGGGAAGACGGGAAACGCCACCGGACCCAGGAAAUCAGUGAGUGACGUGCCGCCGGCCCGGCCGGCUUCCGUGUCACUGCGCAGCGCACAGAUGUCAGCAGUUGAAUUUCCAGCGGUAUUGCUGAACACAUCAACUGGAGAGAUUGAAUCUGAGUUCCAUGCUUAUGUUCAGCCUCAGGAACAUCCAAUUCUUUCUGAAUUUUGCAUGGAAUUGACAGGCAUAAAGCAGGCCCAAGUUGACGAAGGGGUCCCUCUGAAGAUUUGCUUAUCUCAGUUCUGUAAAUGGAUUCAGAAGAUUCAACAACAGAAGAAAAUUAUCUUUGCUACUGGGGUUUCAGAUCUACCUACUUCAGAAGUCAAGUUGUGUGCAUUUGUUACUUGGUCAGACUGGGACUUGGGUGUUUGCCUGGAGUAUGAGUGUAAAAGGAAGCAGCUGUUUAAACCUGUGUUCUUAAAUGCUUGGAUUGAUCUCAGAGUAACUUACAAGAUUUUCUAUAGGAGAAAACCAAAAGGACUGAGUGGCGCCCUGCAGGAGGUGGGAAUCGAAUUCUUGGGACGGGAACAUUCUGGAUUGGAUGAUUCUCGGAAUACUGCACUUCUUGCUUGGAAAAUGAUCAGGGAUGGUUGCUUAAUGAAAAUUACAAGGUCCUGGAACAAGAAAUUCUGAAUGCACAGUUGCUGAAGCUAUUGGAUUUGCUUGUGGAAUUAUAGGUUCCCACUAAGAAGAAUCCCAACAUUUUGGGCAGAAAUUUGAAUACCAAUCAAGUUGAAGAAACAUCAGUCUGCAAUAGAAGCAGUCG